AUGAUCCCUGGAAUCUAUGACGAUGUUGCGCCCAUGUCAGCGGAGGAACAUAAACUUUAUGAGACGAUCGACUUCUGCGUAAAGGAAUUCCGCGAAAGCGUCGGCGCAAAACAGUUACCAACAGAAGACAAGAAAACCCUGCUCACAAGGCGAUGGAGAGAGCCAUGCUUGUCAAUUCAUGGUAUCGAGGGCGCUUUCUCAGGAGCUGGCGAGAAAACGGUCAUUCCAUCGAAAGUCAUCGGCAAGUUCUCGAUCAGAAUCGUGCCACAUAUGAAACCUGAAAAGGUGAACAAGAUGGUCAUCGACUACUUGAACGAACUGUGGAAGAAGCGAGGUUCACCGAAUAAGUUCACACCCAGUCCCGGUCACGACGCUCUUCCAUGGCUAGCAGACACCAACGACGCAAAUUUCAAGGCGGGUGCAAGAGCGAUGAAAAUCGUGCAUGGUGUCGAUCCCGACUACAUCCGAGAAGGUUGCAGCAUUCCCAUCACGCUCACAUUCCAGGAGUUGACAGGCAAGAGCGUUUUGUUGCUUCCGCUCGGUGCCGCCGACGACAUGGCGCACUCGCAGAAUGAGAAGAUAAAUAAAGUGAACUACAUCCAAGGAGUGAAGACGCUUCUGGCAUACCUCCUGGAAUUGGGAAAAGCUUGA